GUCUUCGCUCUUCGCUCUUCUACCCUUCUUCAUCCUGAAGUCACCCCUCCCUCUCUCCCUCCCUCCUCCAGCGAAGCAGUGAGAAAUGGGGGUUAAGCUGUACGGGCAUCCGAUGUCGUCGUGCACCGUGAGGGUGAUGGCGUGCCUCUACGAGAAAGGGGUCGAGUUCGAGCUCGUCCCGGUCAACAUGUUCGCCGGCGAGCAGAAGAUGCCGGAUUUCCUCGCCAAGAAUCCUUUUGGGAAGAUUCCGGUCCUCGAAGAUGGUGAUCUUACCAUUUUCGAGUCGAGAGCAAUCACAGAGUACAUAUCCAAGAAGUACCACGCCCCCGCCACCGACGACCUACUCCGCUCCGACAGCCCCGAGGAGUCCAUCGCCGUCCGCGUGUGGGUCGAGGUCGAGUCCCACCACUUCCAGCCGGCGAUGUCGCCCAUCAUCUUCCAGCACUUCGUGGCCCCGCUCCAGGGCAAGGCGCCGGACCAGGCCAUCAUCGACGACCACCUCGCGAAGCUCGCCGGGGUCCUCGACGUGUACGAGGCGAGGCUGGGCAAAACCAAGUACCUCGCCGGCGACUUCUUCUCCCUUGCCGACCUCCACCACUUCCCCUACAUGUUCUACUUAAUGAAGACGCCGUGGGCGGCGGCGGUCACCGACCGCCCCCGCGUGAAGGCGUGGUGGGAGGGGAUGUGCGGGCGGGAGGCGUUCAAGAAGGUGGCCGAGGGCAUGAAGUUUGAGAAGUGAGUGAAGUGGAGAAGACGAAAGAAAAAUAAAUGUCGUGCAGGUGUUUGCCUUUUUUGAUUCAGUGCUAGUGUACUGUGUAGUGCCCGUUCUGUGUGAUUGGUUUAUAGGCUAAUCGGAAGGUGUGUGUCUGAACUUUUGCCAA